CACAUCACUUUUUCUUUCCAUUUUCUCUUUCUCUCUCAUCCCAAUUUCUUUUCUUUUCUUUCUAUUUUUCCCGGAAUCUCAAAAUUUUCCUAGAAAAUUCACUCCUUGUCCUCGAAGACAGAUCCGAAAGGGGAUACCAAAUAAAACACAGUUUGGGCGAGACUAUUAUAGCCAUUAGAUUUCUCUCCCUUCUUCUUCUUCUUCUUCCUACACUUUCACAUUUUGCACAGUAUUCACUAUUGUGGAGCAAACUAUAUUUUAUCUACUCAAAGUUACUCCGAUUUUUGUUGCACCCUUUUUCGGUAUUUUAGCUAUUUUCUCCGAAGUGGAAAAGAUGUUUCAUUGAAUGAUCCCGGUAUCGUGGUUGUGCUUCGAUUUAACAAGCACUGAGUGUUUUGUAGAUUCUAGCUCUUUUCUCUCUCUCUCUCUUUUUUUCGUUGAUUUUUUGGGUAUUGGGAUUAAUAUAAGCUGAAUUUUUGAGUUGUUCAAUACAAUUUCUGAUCUUUAUGUUAAUGUUAAAUCUCGUUGGAUCUGAGAUUGUGCUGGAAGGAAAGGUGGAUCGUUGAUGAGACACUCGGAAUAGGCAAAAAUUGUCCCCCCCACCCCCCAUAGUAAAGUGGUUUUGUAAUUUAGCAAGGAUCAAGAGAUUGCGUUUGUAAUCAUGGAUCAUGUUAUUGGUGGAAAAUUCAAGCUUGGGAGGAAGAUUGGGAGUGGAUCGUUUGGAGAGCUUUAUUUGGGUGUUAAUGUACAAAAUGGAGAGGAAGUGGCUGUCAAGCUGGAAUCUGUGAAGACCAAGCAUCCUCAACUUCACUAUGAGUCAAAAUUGUAUAUACUUCUUCAAGGGGGAACUGGUAUACCCCAUUUAAAAUGGUUUGGAGUUGAGGGUGACUACAAUGUCAUGGUCAUUGAUCUUCUUGGCCCAAGUCUUGAAGACUUGUUUAACUAUUGCAAUAGGAAAUUUUCUCUGAAAACAGUUCUGAUGCUUGCAGAUCAGCUAAUAAACAGAGUUGAGUAUAUGCACUCCCGGGGUUUUCUGCACCGUGAUAUAAAGCCUGACAACUUUUUAAUGGGUUUAGGCCGUAAGGCAAAUCAGCAGGUAUACGUAAUUGAUUAUGGCCUUGCAAAAAAGUACCGGGAUCUCCAAACCCAUAAGCAUAUACCAUACAGGGAAAACAAAAACCUCACGGGAACUGCUCGGUAUGCAAGUGUCAACACUCAUCUUGGAGUUGAACAAAGCAGAAGAGAUGAUCUAGAAUCGCUUGGUUAUGUGCUGAUGUACUUUUUGAGAGGAAGUCUCCCUUGGCAAGGCUUGAAAGCUGGCACUAAAAAGCAAAAAUACGAUAGGAUAAGUGAAAAGAAGAUGCUUACUCCAAUAGAGGUUUUAUGCAAGUCAUAUCCAUUGGAAUUCACAUCAUACUUCCACUACUGCCGUUCAUUGCGGUUUGAAGAUAAGCCUGAUUAUUCGUAUCUUAAGAGACUCUUUCGGGAUCUAUUCAUCCGAGAAGGCUAUCAAUUUGACUAUGUAUUUGAUUGGACUAUAUUGAAGUAUCCACAAAUUGGAUCCAGUUCUAGAGCUCGACCAAGUGGUAAACCAGUCAUAAAUGCAGGACAAUCAGGAGAGAGAUUAGAACGGCCUUCAGGCGGACCAGAGAUUCGGGAUAGAUUCUCAGGUGCAGUCGAGGCAUUUGCAAGGAGGAGUGGCUCUGGGCUUGCUCUACAUAGGUCUUCAGAUGAUGUGCCAUCUUCCAAAGACGUGCAAGCUGAUUCUGAGAGGCCACGCAGCUUUUCUCGUAAUGGCAGUUCCUCAAAAAGGCCUGUCUUAUCAAGCAGCCGACCAAGCUCUUCUGGUGAGCCUAGUGAAAGCCGUUCCAAUCGACUGGUUUCGAGCAGUAGCCGUCUAUCUGCAACUCAGAGGUCUCAACCAGGAUUUGAGUCCAAAACAUAUUUUACUCGUGCUUCAGGGACAAGAGGGGGUCGGGAUGAUGCACUCAGGAGCUUUGAGCUCCUGUCAAUUGGUACAGGAAAAAGGAAAUGAAGA